CCCGUGUGAACGAUGCCCCAUUCAGGGCCCCCUUUACAACUCCUCAUUCAAUAAUCAACGAGGCAAAACCCCGUCUUUCUUGCAUUGAACUAUGCAUUGUCUCCGCAAAGAUAUGAUGUGCCUUAUAACAAGUGCAAAUUCCCAUUGACUUUAUUAUGUAAUUACCUUUGGAUUUUCCUUUGUCUUGCUUCCCCCAUUCAUUCCUUUCCUUGUGUCACCGUAUGUUAGCAUGUUCGCUCGUAAAUCUUCCUACAUCGUCAUUGUUUUGAUAGUAGCCACUUUAGUGUCGGCACAAGACGAGCAAGGUGAGACGCAGAAAGUCGGAGAUGUUGCAAAUUCCAACCCGUUUGAUGAGGCGGUAAAUCACAACGUCAAUGAUGGCAGUAAGGCGCAAAUUGUACCUGUCAUCAAUACCACCGGCACCCUUCACGCAACAGCAUCGUCUACAAUGGACGACUUCGCUCCUAUUACUGUUGCACCAAGCCCGUCUGUCACCAAAUACUCUGCAGGCCAAAAUUCAGUACCACGGAAUUUCUCACAAGCAUCCUUUCUUGUAAGGUUGGCCAUACUGUUGACCGCCUUAAACCUUGUAAAUAGUAUCUAGACACGCCAUACAUAACUCUGUUUUUCAACCUUUUUUUCUUUUCUUUUUUAAUACUUAGAAAGGUAGUAUUGUUUUCCUCCUUUUUCGUUG